UGCGCGCCACCUGCAUCCGGCAGCCGGGGGAAUUGCUGCCCGGCUUUUCCUAGCGUGGUUUUCCUAGUCAUGGCCCCGGACUCGGGGCCCUACCCCGACGGACAGCUUCUGAAGCUGCUGCCGGUGGACCCCCGGGACCGGGGCACCCAGCGCUGCCGCCUGGGGCCGGCCGCCUUCCGCCGUUUGGGUGCGCGCCUGGGCUCGCCGCUGAGGAUCUCGUUGCCCGCCGGCGGCUGCUGCCUCUGCACGGCCUGGCCGCGGCACGACGGGGCGGAUGGCUUUGUGCAGCUGGACCCACAGUGCGCGAGCCCCGGGGCCGCGGCGGCCACGGGGAGGAUCGGUAUGGACUGUCUGCAACCUGUGCCCUGUCCUCCCCUGCGGCGCCUAGAGGUGUGGCCGGUGCUGCGGCCGCAGGCGGGAGCCCCGAGUUCCGCCGCGGUGCUGGAGGUAGUGCACGAGCUGCUGCGCAACCGACCCGUGUCUCGGGGACACGUGGUGGCCACCCCGCCGGGUGUCCCGGGCCCUGUAGCAGCUCUGCACGUAGUGGGCGGGACACCGGAUCCAGAGCCCGGAGGGUGGGUCACACCGCAUACCCGCAUCACGCUCAGCGACAAGCCUCCGCCGCAGGUCGAGCCUCCCGGGGAGGUGACCCUUGGGGGCUUGUCGGAGACGGCUGAUUCCCUGCGGGAGCUGCUCCGCCUGCCGCUGCGCUAUCCGCUCGCUUUAGCUGCGCUAGGGCUGGCGGUGCCCCGCGGGGUGCUCCUGGCGGGACCCCCGGGAGUGGGCAAGACCCAGUUAGUGCGAGCCGUGGCGCGCGAGACCGGCGCCGAGCUGCUGGCGGUGAGCGCCCCGGCGCUGCAGGGUUCCCGGCCCGGGGAGACCGAGGAGAACGUGCGGCGCGUCUUCCAGCGCGCCCAGGAGCUGGCCAGCCGCGGGCCCAGCCUCCUCUUCCUGGACGAGGUGGACGCCCUGUGUCCCCGGAGAGGCGGCCCCCAGCGAGCUCCCGAGAGCCGCGUGGUGGCCCAGGUGUUGACGCUGCUGGAUGGCAUCCACAGGGACAGAGAGGUUGUGGUCGUGGGAGCCACCAACCGGCCAGACGAGUUAGACCCAGCGCUUCGAAGGCCGGGGAGGUUUGACCGAGAGGUUGUCAUUGGGACUCCCACCCUUAAACAAAGAGAGGCAAUUCUGCGAGUGAUUACUUCAAAGAUGCCCAUCUCCAGCCAUAUGGAUUUAGGUCUUCUGGCAGAAAUGACAGUUGGCUAUGUGGGUGCUGACCUGACAGCUCUCUGCAGGGAGGCAGCCGUGUGCGCCCUUCUCAGGAAUGAGAAGAACCAAGACAGUCCUAAAAUUGAGGAAACAGAUUUUCUUGAAGCUUUUAAAAAGAUUCAGCCCUCAUCAUUUCGAAGUUCCAUUGGACUGAUGGACAUCAAGCCUGUUGGCUGGGAGCAGAUAGGUGGACUUGAAGACGUAAAGCUGAAGCUAAAGCAGUGUGUUGAGUGGCCUCUGAAGUUCCCUCAGGAGUUUGCUAGGAUGGGUCUGACACAGCCAAAGGGCCUUCUCCUGUAUGGUCCCCCUGGAUGUGCUAAGACCACUCUGGUGAGGGCGCUGGCCACAAGCUGCCACUGCUCCUUCGUAUCUGUAUGCGGAGCUGAUCUCUUCUCUCCUUUUGUUGGAGACUCAGAAAAAGUCUUAUCUCAGGUAUUUCGACAAGCAAGAGCCAAUACUCCAGCGCUUGUGUUUUUGGAUGAAAUUGACUCAAUCUUGGGGUCUCGCUCAGUCGGCACCUUGGGAUGUGAUGUUCGGGAGCGAGUUCUUUCAGUUCUGCUGAACGAACUCGAUGGUGUGGGAGUUAGGACGGUAGAGAGAAGAGGGAGUAAAGCCAGCCAACAGGAGUGUCAAGAAAUUCUUAAUCGGAGUGUCAUGAUUGUUGUGGCAACAAAUAGGCCUGAUGUGUUAGAUGGCGCCUUGUUACGGCCUGGAAGGUUAGAUAAGAUCAUCUAUGUGCCCCCUCCUGAUCAAGAGGGCAGGCUUUCUAUUUUAAAAGUGUGUACAAACAACAUGCCAAUAGGGCCUGAUGUUUCACUAGAAAACCUAGCAGCAGAAACCUGUUUUUUCUCUGGAGCUGAUCUUAGAAACCUCUGCAAAGAAGCUGCCUUGUUUGCGCUGCAAGAACACGGACUGGAAGCGACCACAGUGAGACAGGAGCACUUCACAGAAGCACUCAAGACUGUGAAGCCGUCCUUGACUCGGAAGGAGCUGACUUUCUACGAAAACUUAUUUAAGAAAGGACUUUCUAACUUGGAAGAUGAUUAAAUUUUUAUUCUAUUCAGUUUUUCAUAUGAAGUGGUUUGCACCUUCACACUUUCAUGAGCGGGGGAAAGGAGAGGAGGGGAGGAGAGAGACAGAGAGAGACAGAGAGAGAAAGAGACAGAAAGAGAAAGAGGGAGAAAGAGAGAGGCUGAGAACCUGCCUGAUAAGGACCGUCUUACUUCUCUAAGAUAUAUUAAGACACCAUAAUAGGCAGGGCAGUGGUGGCGCACGCCUUUAAUCCCAGCACUUGGGAGGCAGAGGCAGGUGGAUUUCUGAGUUCGAGGACGGCCUGGUCUACAGAGUGAGCUCCAGGACAGCCUGGCUAUACAGAGAAACCCUGUCUUGAAAAAAAAAAAAAAGAAAGACACCAUAAUAAAAAGUGUGUGGACAAGGAAGUGGCUCAAGUAUCUUGGCCAUUAUGACAAGCCCUUUUAAACAACUGUCAUGGGAGUAAUCACGGGACUCCAUUUACUGCCUUGCUAGUUCCUUAUUGUACUGCUCGCCCUUAAUACCUGCAUGGAAUUAAAAUGGUUUAAAAGCAGACUAGAAAAGUCAAAUUUGCCUUCAGUCUCAGAAUUGACUGGGGUCAUGCUAAAAAAAAAAAAAACAAAAAAAAUGUGUGAUUUUGUUAGGAUAGUUAUUUCUGAUUGGUCGACUAUGACUUUGAGGUGUAUCAUGCUUACGGAAGCUGUGGAGGACUUCAGCAUGCUCUAGUCUGGAUUCUCCACUCUAGCGUCUGUCACAUCCGUCUUUGCUCCUUCCUCCGCACACACUGUUUUCUGAACAGCUUGAGACUACACUAGAGCCUUAAGUCACUUAGACUUGGGGAUAACACUGAGAAGUGUGGUUUUGUUGUGAAUGUUGUAGAGUAGUGUGGCUCUUCUAACAACCACUCAUACACGCCUGUCACUCAAACAUGCGGUUUAUGGCUGUACGUGCACAGUGCUCUAUUAUAGCUAGUGUUGAGCAUGCGUGCCUCACAAAUAAAACUGCCUUAUGCUGCAGUUAACUCACAAACUCCGGAAAGUUUAAUGCCAACCGCUGUAUUUUAAUGUAUUCGAUGUGUUUCUCUCUGUCCCAGCGAUGCCCUGUGUGAUGAUCCUCUGUCAGAUGGUUUAGUCUAGGAUUACACACUGAGUUUAGUUGUCAUGAGUCUUCCAUGCCUUUACUUGGAAACAGUUCUCAGUCUCUCUUGGCCUUGACAUCUUUGAGAAAUAUAGAUCAGGGUUUUUUGUUUGUUUGUCUGUCUGUCUGUCUGUAGAACAGUCAGCCUUGGACUUGCGUUUGUCAGGGCUUCUUUGGUUGUAGGUUGGAGAGCUCCCAGGUGGCUUUGCUCAUGGAGACGUGUGCUCUCCGCAGUGUUGGAGAUGUUUGUUCUGAGCACACAGUAUUGUUUAGUUUCUCUAUUAUAAACUUAACUAUCUCCCUUCUCUAUGUAAUUUGAGGUCAUCGAUCUGUCUGUGUUUUUAUUUUUAUAGAUGCAACUAAAAAUUAAAAACCCUUUGGUAUUUAA